AUGUAUGCAAUUGGCAAAGAAGACCCAAUGAUUGAUCCCACAGAUGCUAUUCAGCCGGCACUCACAAUUCACAUGGAAAGGGGAGAUCCGGCAUCAGAUUUAGAAGAUAGUGAAGGAUAUGAGAUCACUAUUGAAGGUGAAGUGAAUCCUAUAGCAAAACGCAUGGCUUAUGUCUAUAAUCGUUUGGUGGACAUCAAACUCGAGGUCGAUGGAAUUGACCGAAUGUCAGAAGAAGUAGCUAUCAGUGAACAAUGCUACACCGAGCAAUUGAUAAUCCUUGAGAAAAUAGGGGGACAUUCCACACUUGCAGAAAUGAUAGAUACAGUAGUUACGCAGCUUUCCAAUGCAGUCAAGAUGGCUCUCACUGAGGUUGCAGGAUUGAAGGGAUGGGAUUUGAAGAACAUCGAUGGAGGGAAUGAAGGUACAUUAGUAAAAUUAGUUGUUGCAGCAGUUUCCAGUGUAUUGGAAAAAGACUCCCUGAUUGUUUCUGAUGACCUAAUUGGAAUCCAAUCUCAUGUAGAGAAAAUGAUGAAUUUAUUAAACAAUAAAUCAGAUGAUGUAAAGAUUGUGGGAGUAUGGGGGCUAGGUGGGAUUGGCAAGACAACCAUUGCCAAUGUUGUCUACAAUGAAAUCUCACGUCACUUUGAAGGAUGUAGUUUUCUUGAAAAUGUUCGAGAGACUUCACUUAUCGAUUUGCAAAAUCAACUUCUCUCUGAAAUACUGGAAGGAGUAAGAUUCAACAUCACUAAUAAAGGUAAAGGAAUUAACAUGAUCAAAGAAAGACUUCACAAGAAGAAAGUUCUUAUUAUUCUUGAUGAUGUGGAUAAAAAAUCUCAAUUAGAUGCAUUAGUUGGGAAGUGUGAUUGGUUUGGUUUGGGAAGUAGGAUUAUAAUCACAACAAGAAAUGAGCAGAUCUUACUUCAUCAUGAAGUGGAUGAGAUCUAUGAGCCCCCUCAAAUGGGUGCAAAACAAUCUCUUCAACUAUUUUCCAGGCGUGCCUUCAAAGGAGACCAAAUACCGGAGGACUAUCUAGAUCUCUCAAAAAACAUCGUUAAGGAGGUUGGAGGUCUUCCCUUAGCUCUUGAGGUUAUAGGUUUAUCUUUAUUUGGCAUGGAAAAAUCAUUUUGGCAAGAGACACUGGAGAGGCUGCAAAAUCAUAUUCUUGAUGGUGAAAUUUUUGAAAAGUUGAAAAUAAGUUUCGAUGGAUUGACGUAUUGUGAGCAACAAAUAUUUCUUGAUAUUGCAUGCUUUUUCAAUGGAAUAGAUAAAAAUAUUGCAUGUUUGAUAUGGAAACAACGUAAGUAUUACCCUGACAAAGGACUUAAGGUUCUCCGCCAAAAGUCUUUGGUGAAGAUUGGUGAAAAUGAUGAACUAAAGAUGCAUGAUCAGCUUAGAGAUCUUGGAAAGGAAAUCAUUCGUCAAGAAAACCUUAAGAUGCCCGGAAGGCGUAGUAGGUUGUGGUCACACGAGGAAGCCUUGUAUGUAUUGGAGAAACACUUGGGAACGGAUAAAGUUGAAGGGCUCUGCAUUGACUUCGGAGGUAGUUCAGGAAACCAACACUAUUUGAUGAGUGAAGGAUUUACUAAAAUGACUGAACUUAGGUUACUCCAAGUUGAUUAUGCACACUUUGCUCCAGACUUCAUGCCUUCUUUCUCAGAACUGAUAUGGCUUAGAUGGAAAGGAUGCCCUGCAGAAUUUACGUUAAUGGAAUUUCAUCCAGUGAACCUAGUUGUUCUUGAUCUGUCAUAUAGUCUCGUCACAAAUUAUUGGAUGGGUUGGAACCACAUUAAGGUGGCAAAAAAUCUAAAAGUUCUGAAUCUAACAGGGUGUCGACACCUAUUAAAGACUCCUAAACUAGCCAAUUGUCGCUUGGAGGUCUUGAUUCUUGAAAACUGUGAAAUAUUGGCUAAAAUUGAUGAAUCUUUCAAUUAUCUUGGCAGCCUAGUCAAAUUGAAUAUGAGGGGAUGCACGAAACUAAGGGAUCUCCCAUAUGGCAUCGGGGGGUUAAGUUCUAUCAAAAUCCUCAACUUACAUCAAUGCGAAGGACUUGACAAGUUACCUGAUUCCAUAGGUCUUUUGGAAAAGCUGGAGACUUUGGAUGCCAGCUUUUGUUAUAUAAAGGAUGGGGGAAUUCCGAAUGAAAUAGGCUUUCUACCCUCUUUGAAAAUCUUGAGACUCGGUGGAAACGAUUUUCAAAGCCUACCCAUGACACUUUCUAACCUUUCCUUGCUCCAAACACUUGAUUUACGGUUCUGCAACAAACUAAAGUCGCUCCCUGUGUUGGUGGGGUUGAGAAAUUUAGAGAGAUUGACUGUUGAUAAUUGUCAGAGCUUAACAGAGAUUGAAGGCCUCGAAGGGUUGGACUCCCUAGAGCUGUUGGAGAUGAUGAACUGUAGAUCAUUAAGAAAAAUUGGGAAAAUAUCCGGCUUGGGAAAACUGAAGGAAUUAAAACUCAAGGAUUACUCAAUGUUAUUUGAGAUUGAGAGCCUUGAGGGAUUGGAUUCCUUGGAGCUGUUGAUGAUGGAAAACUGUGAAUCACUAAGGAAAAUUGGGAAACUAUCCAGUUUGAGAAAAUUGAAGGAAUUAAGUCUCUGGAGCUGCAAGAAUUUACUUGAGAUUGAGGCCCUUGUGGGAUUGGAUUCCUUGAACAGGUGCACAAAUCUGACGAAGAUUCAAGGCCUCGAUCGAUUGGAAUCCUUGGAGAUAUUGGAUUUGAGUUGGUGCUCGUCUAUGGAAAGAUUACCAGAUCUCUCCAACUUGAGAAAUUUGAAGCAAUUAAAUGCUCGCAUGUGCAAAAAACUAACGGAGAUUCAAAGUCUUGAUCGAUUGGAAUCCUUGGAGACCUUGGAUUUGGGGUGGUGCUCGUCUAUGGAAAGAUUACCAGAUCUCUCCAACUUGAGAAACUUGAAGGUUUUAAAUGCUGAUCACUGCUACAAACUAACGGAAAUUCAAGGCCUCGAUCGAUUGGAAUCCGUAGAGGCCUUGGAUUUGGAAUGGUGCAUUUCUAUGGAAAGAUUACCAGAUCUCUCCAACUUGAGAAACUUGAAGCUUUUAAAUGCUUGCGGCUGCAGAAAACUAUUUGAGAUUCAUGGCCUCGAUCGAUUGGAAUCCUUGGAGGCCUUGGACUUGAGCUGGUGCUUUUCUAUGAAAAGAUCACCAGAUCUCUCCAACUUGAGAAAAUUGAAAGUGUUUAGCGGACUUUGAGUGCAAAAAAAAAAAAACUAAUGGAAAUUCAACUUGGAAUCCUCGGAGGUCUUUAAUUUUUUGGGGUGCUAUCGUCAUGGAAAGAUUUUCUCCCAUCUUCAGAUGUAGAGCCAAACCCAGGGGGAAAGGGGAGUGAUGGGGCAGCUUGAAUUUGAGGUUCCUGCUUCAAGUGUUGGACUCUCGGAUCGUGAAGAUUGGACAGGUGUUGGGUCUUCCUCCAAGAUAGAAUUGUGAAUCCCAGAUCUGUCAAACCUGAGAAAUUUGACAGAGUUAAGGUUCAUUUGAUGUUAGCCGGGAUGAAGCAUGGAGAAAAAUUCUGGGUUGGUUUUUGUUUCCUAUUGGCAUCUCCACCAUUGGAUAUAGUGCUAGGAAACCCCCAUCAUUGAACUAAGGAUGCGUAUCUCAGGAGGAGCUCUAUUAGGUCUUCCAGAUACUCCUCUCUCUCUCAAUCCAUAUUCUUUCCAACUCUAUCUUCAUGGUAUUCUUUAUUUAAUUUUGAAGAUAAUAUCAAUUAAUCCUUACAGCAUGAAGGGGUAGUGCGUAUUUAACGAAAUCAGAGUCCACUCUACUUGGAGGACGGAAACUGGAUGAAACCCAUUCCAUUGGCACAGAGCUCUGCUUAGCUCACAAUCCUAAUCCUGGAAUACAACCUCUGUUCAUAUCAUACGAUCUGCGGGACUUGAACCCACUAUAUUUGUUAUGCAAGCCACAUGCUCUACCUGGUUAAUAAGGCAAAGAAGCCAUUUUUGUGUCCUAUCAUGCAGCAUGGAGUAUGGAUUCUUAGUAUGGGUCAGAUAUGGUUCUACUUCUGGAUUCAAGCUGGAUCCAUGUGAGAAUACAGUUUAGUACCUGAAAAUUUAGUUCUGGAAGUGACACAUCCAAGCUUUUACAGAUUCUGAUCAUGGAUACCCAGACAGAGAGAUAUUUUGUUCAUCCUCUGGAACUGUCAACUAAGCAAAGUCAAACAACCUGGAUGAAAAUCCUUGCUUUGUAGAAAAGUUUCAGUGGAGGGAGCAGUGCUAAUUGAAUUUGACAUGAAGCCCCAUAACGAAGGCAUUGGAGACUAAGGGAAAAUUUGCUGUGAAAGGACAAACGAGUAUAUGACCAAAACCAGACAAGUGCAGAAAACAGUAUUUUGUAAAAAUUUGAGAUUCCAAAGGAGGUUCCACAGGAUUCUUUUCAUCACUUGUGAAGAAAUACCCAUGGUGACAAAAUGUGAUGUCUACACUUAAUCCUUUUUUUGAAGUUGAUUGAUGGUAACCGAGGAGAGCAUAUUUGCCUGGAAUGGUUGCUUUAGUGCCAUCUUGGAGCCAAGGAUGAGAAGAAAACUGUGCCAGUGGAAGGAUCAGAGAAGAAAAGAACAAGAGACCAUGGAGAAAUGGAAGAGAAUAUGGUUCAAGCUAUUUGAGAGGCAACAAAUUGGACACUCAGGCAUUUAAUCCAGGAGAGAGACCAGAAAAGGCCAUCAUGUGGAAUAUCUGAAGGGAAAGAAAAAUCAGAGUUCUGAAGGAUUUGCAGAAUAAGCUUAUCCUAUAUACACACACAGCACAAAACUCAAAGACCUUGUGUCUACAACAAGAAGGGAACAAAUCAAGGAAUCUAUGAGUUAAAGCCUGAAUAUAAGAGAUCAGGAAGCAGAUCUUGGUGCAACAGUAAGGUUGCUCCAUUGCAACCUAGUGGUUGUGGAUUUGAGUUGGGAGAUAGCCUCUCCGCAAAGUGGGGUUUAAGCUGCAUACAUUAUGACCCUCCCUAGACCCUGCAAUGGCAGGACCCUCGUGGAAUGGGUACACCCCUUUAGGUGAGGAAGCAGAUCCUAAGUGAAUUGGCUAGAGCAAAUGUUGCAUGCUGAGAAAAAUACCAUGAGAAUGACCACUCUUUGUUUCUUCAAAGAUUCAAUCUCCAUUGAUGUCUACUUACAAUGAAAUACAGAAGUAGAAAGGUGAUUUUAAAUUAUGGCUUCCUUGGCUCUA